UCGGGCAGUAUCAAAUGUCCGCGCGCGGCGAAAGCGUGUCUCGAAUCUUCGCGCGUGUUUUAAGAUAAAAAAACUAUUUAUUUUAAAAAAACUUUAGGAAAAGGAGAACAUUUUACUUUUUUUAAAAUGGCGUGUCCUAUGAGAUCAGCAAUAGACGAAAUAGGCCAAGAAGGCGAGCAGCUGGGUAAUGAGGCUGGGAUGCUGUAUGGGGAGUACCUGAUGCUGGACAAGCUGCUCUGUGCUCAGAGGAUGCUCAGCGCCGAGUCUGACAAGCCUGUGCAUGACGAGCACCUCUUCAUCGUCACGCAUCAAGCAUACGAGCUGUGGUUCAAGCAGAUAAUCUUCGAAGUGGACUCGGUGCGGGCGCUGCUGGACGUGGAAGGCCUGGAUGAGAGUCACACCAUGGAGAUCCUCAAGCGUCUCAACAGGAUCGUACUCAUUUUGAAGCUAUUGGUAGACCAAGUGAUGAUCCUGGAGACGAUGACUCCGCUGGACUUCAUGGACUUCAGGAACUACCUGCGCCCCGCGUCCGGCUUCCAGAGCCUGCAGUUCAGGCUGCUCGAGAAUAAGCUGGGUCUAAAGCAGGCGCUGCGGGUGAAGUACAAUCAGAACUACCAGACUGUGUUCGGAGACGACCCUGCUGCUAUGGAAGCACUACUCAAGUCUGAAGAAGAGCCAGCCCUGCUAGCGCUGAUAGAGCGGUGGUUGGAACGAACUCCGGGGCUCACGGAGCACGGAUUCAACUUCUGGGGCAAGUUCCAAGCCGCUGUCAACAAGUUGAUACGGGAGGAUAUUGAGAAUGCACAGUCGGAGCCUUGUGAGAACGUUCGUCGUCACCGGCUGCAGGACGCUGAGAACCGUCGCGAGAUCUACCGGUCCAUCUUCGACCCUGCCGUGCACGACGCUCUGCGCUCCAGGGGGGAGAGGAGAUUGUCCCACAAAGCCCUGCAAGGCGCCAUAAUGAUCACGUUCUACCGCGACGAGCCGCGGUUCUCGCAGCCGCACCAGCUGCUGACACUCCUCAUGGACAUGGACAGCCUCAUCACCAAGUGGCGCUAUAACCACGUGAUAAUGGUUCAGCGCAUGAUUGGCUCACAGCACCUUGGCACCGGCGGUUCUUCGGGCUACCAGUACUUGCGCUCCACACUCAGCGACCGCUACAAAGUAUUUUUGGACUUGUUCAACCUGUCCACAUUCUUGCUACCUCGCUCAUUGAUCCCACCGUUGGACGACUGUAUGAAGAGAAGUCUCAACCUCACCUGGGGCGAGGUGCAAAACGUACCACAUGGCGACGCCCAAAACAGCCACAACGAAAACGGACAAGCAAAGAAUUCCGAACUUGAAGCUUCUUUAUAGGAUCGACAUUAUUAGUAAAGUUCAAUGCCGUGUUUAACAAAACUUACAAGUCUACACGCUCAUAAGCUACAAGUUACUCACAAGUACGUACUGAAAUCGUUUAAUACCUGUCAAAAAGUAGAGGGAAUGUAAAAUAAUACUUGUGAAAUAAAUAUUGACACUUGUCACAUUUUACAAGUGUAGUUUUGAUAAAAAACAUUCUUGUAAUAAUGCAAAUUUCUUGUAUUACAGGGCUUGUAAGUUGUGAUAGGGCACUGGUGUAAGUGCCUAUGUAAAUAAUAAUAAUGAAGUCUUUAUUCCAAGUAACCAUUAAAUUACUUAUUUCCAGUGUUAGUGUAAAAUAAAAAGAAUAAUAUCCAAAACUUGUGAUGCAUUAUGCGUGUAGGGGCUUUCGUCCACAAUCGAACAAAGAGCAGAGUUAAGGCAAAAUAUGGCGGAGUCGCGGCGCCGUCGACCCGACGUAUUAUUACACUAACCAAUCCCGACGCAUUGUGUCUGAUAAAUCGCGUAAUGUAAUAAGGCCCUCGGUUGGAUGAGCAGCAUGUACCUACCCACAUAAUUACAUUUAUUUCCUUACUAAAAAUAGUUUUAUUUGUUGAUUAUUAAUGAUACUAUACUUACUUAGUAAUAUGAAUAAAAUUCUUGAAACUAA